AUGCGGUACUGUUGUGUAUGGUGCUGUUGUGUAUGUGGUGCUGUUAGGUGUGGUGCUGUUAUGUGUGGUGCUGUUGUGUGUGGUGCUGUUGUGUGUGAUGCUGUUGUGUGUGGUGCUGUUGUGUGUGGUGCUGUUGUGGUGCUGUUGUACUGUUGUGGUGUGGUGCUGUGUGGUGCUGUGGGUGGUGCUGUUGUGUGUGGUGCUGUGGUUGUGUGUGGUGCUGUUGUGUGUGGUGCUGUUGUGUGUGGUGCUGUUGGGUGUGGUGCUGUUGAGUAUGAUGUUGUUGGGUGUGGUGCUGUUGAGUAUGAUGUUGUUGGGUGUGGUGCUGUUGGAUGCGGUACUGUUGGGUGUGGUGCUGUUGAGUAUGAUGUUGUUGGGUGUGGUGCUGUUGGGUGUGGUGCUGUUGUGUGUGGUGCUGUUGUGUGUGGUGCUGUUGGGUGUGGUGCUGUUGGUGUGGUGCUGUUGAGUGUGUGUUGGGUGUGGUGCUGUUGGGUGUGGUGCUGUUGGGUGUGGUGCUGUUGUGUGUGA